UGUGAAAGGUGUUGCCUUUCUGCGUUUCUAUCCUCACAAUUCGCUAUCCUAUUAUCUCACCAUCCUGUCUUCUUACAGUCCAAUCGUACUGACUCCUGUCAAUAGACUGGCUCCACCUCACAGCUCGCAAAAUAUCACUCAAUAGCGGCGAUGAUAUGGCGGGCACGGUCCAUAAGUUGGGAGAGAAUGUGAAUGAAUUCGAGAUCGGAGAUCGUGUGGCGGCCUUUCAUCCGAUGUUUACUCCUGGUGGCACGUAUGCUGAAUAUGCUUUGGCACCAAAGUAUACUGUGUUCAAGAUUCUGGAUGAGAUGAUUUUCGAAGAAGCAGCGACGAUCCCUCUCGUGAUAACCACUGCUGCCCUGUCCCUGUUUGAGAUUCAAGGUCUUCCAGCACCAUGGUCACCCCCCUCAACACCUCUUCCUCCAACUCCUUUGAUCAUCUACGGUGCAUCCUCCUCCCUUGGAUCUUUUGCCGUCAAGCUUGCUAUUGCUUCAAACAUCCAUCCCAUCAUAUCUAUACACGGGGUUACCAUCCCCUCGAUCGCACCCCUCCUCGACUCCUCCAAAGGCGACACACUAAUCUCCUACCUCCCCUCCACAAACACCAUGCAGUCCGCAGUGCGUACUGUUCUCGGACCUCUCCGCGCUUUCCACGCAAUAGACUGCAUUUCCGACUCUAAAUCGAAAUCCUGGAUCCCCAUCUCCCAACUCCUCUCUCCAGGCGGUAUCAUCUCGGUUGUAUCUGGCGCGAAUUCCUACACCGAGGCAGAGAUCCCCGAGGGUGUAGUGGUCAGGUACACGUAUGUAGGCGCUGUGCAUGAAUGGAGGUAUAAAGAGGGGAUGCCGAAACAGCCGGAUGAGAAGAUUGUGAGUGGGAUGAAAGAUUUUGCGGGAGAGUUGUUUGAAUGGCUUGGGAAGGGAGAGAUAAGAGGUCAUCCAUGGAAAGUUGUUGAUGGAGGGUUGAGGGGAGUGGAGGAAGGAUUGAGAUUACUGAAGGGAGGGGGAUCCGGGGGAAAGAAGUUCGUUUAUAGAGUUGGAGAAACGGAGGGGUUGGAGGGCUGAAGAAAUCAAAAUGGGAUCCUUCAAAAGGUUCAAAAAGGCAAAGCAAAAAUACGUUUGUAACUUACAUUUUAGAGAAGCAGAAUGAAGAAUUAUGAUGAUAG